UUUAGUCUAAUUGACAGAAAAUCAUGGCGGACGCAUUGGUGGGCUCAAUGGCUAUGCUGCUAUUAAGUUUUGGCGUAUUGGUGAUUUGCGAUCAAACAAGCACCAGGCAGGAACAUGCUGAAAUCUACGACCUGAGCUUCAGCGAAGACAGUGCCAAGUCAUUCCUCGUUGCUCGUUCAAGGGUUAAACGGAGAGGAUGGUUUUUCAUUCCAUUAAUUACUGGCGAAAACAAUAAAGAAAGUAACGAGAGAAGAGAUGAAAGUGCAAGAAGAGACAGACUACACAACUAUUGCCGCCAGAACUGUUGGGGAAGCUGGACAGUGUGGACGUCUUGCUCCCAUCAAUGUGCUCUGCUUGGCAGCAGGGUUCGCUCCCGCAGCCCCGUGGUUCCAAGCCAGUGUGGUGCCUAUAGAGCUGAACUGCUGGCUUCGUGCAGUGGAAAAAGAAAGGAGCAACAGUCAUGCAACCAACAAUGCCUUAAUGGUGGAACACUCGGGCCAUUUGCCUGCGCAUGUCCGCCUGGUUUCGCCGGAACCUGUUGCGGCACUGCUGUCAGCUGCGGUUUUCCUGGAAAGCCAGAAAAUGGCGACGUGAGUUCGCUACUGUCAAGUCAUUCUUAUGAUGUUCGAGUCAAAUUCUCAUGCCAAACUGGUUACCGUCUUCGAGGACCAACUUCUCGAAUUUGUCAGGAUAAUGGUGAAUGGAGUCAUUACGUACCAAAAUGCGAAAUCAUUAGUUGCCGAGAUCCGGGUUUAUUGAACGGCGGCACUAGGACCGGGACAGACUUCAGGUUUGGUCACUCCGUCAUAUAUCAGUGUGACACGGGCUAUCGUCUAAGCGGCGCCAGUAUUCUGACGUGUGAAGGUCGUGGAAGAUGGAGCGCGCGAAAACCAAAAUGUGACAUUGUGACGUGUCCACGGCUUAAAGCUCCAGAUGGUGGACGGAUGAUGACCAAUGGGGUUACAUACAAGUCCAUGGCUUAUUUUGGGUGUACCACUGGCUAUUAUUUAGAAGGUUCAACAGUUAGGAAUUGCCUCGCCUCGGGACGAUGGGAUGGCGUUCGACCUCUGUGUAAAAAAACAAUAUGCGACCGUGUAAGCAACCCCCCGAAUGGUGUGGUCACUGUGGAAGGGUACGAGCACGGCCAGGUCGCUUCCUAUUCAUGCAGUAUUGGCCACCAGUUACGCGGAGAGUCCUCACGAACCUGUGGUGGCUUCGGCCCAAGAGGAACAUGGAGUGGUCGACAGCCUUUGUGCCAACCCAUAAGUUGCGGUGACCCCGGCACUCCUGUUCAUGGCGGAAAGCAAGGGAGCACAUACACGUUCAUGGGCCAGGUUACGUUUACAUGUCAGCCAGGGUAUGUUCUGAACGGAGCUGAAAGGAUAAACUGCACCAGUGGCGGUAGCUGGUCAUCUCCGGUGCCUGUAUGUAAUGCGUGUCAAAUUGGUUAUUUCAAAGAUGGCGUCAAUGCAAGACCCGUGUGUUUAAAAUGCCCGUCCAACUCUCACACUUUGUUAAAAGGCUCUACUACCAUAAAGCAGUGUCUCUGUGACACUGGAUUUCAAGGACCACCGGGAGGACCAUGUGGAGAGGUGAAGUGUUCCAGUUUGUCGGCGCCUGAGCAUGGCACAAUCUCUCAAUGUCAAACAACCGUCAGUGACGUGUGUGAGUUCGCCUGUAGAGAUGGAUUCAUUAGAACCCAAGGGGAUGCCAAGAGAGUCUGCAGACAGGAUGGAAGAUGGACCGGAAUACAACCGACAUGUUCUGCAUGUCCAAUCAACACUUUCAAGUCCAGUGAUACCGCCUGUGAUGGCUGCCCGCCCUUUUCACAUACCACCAGUAUAGCGAGUGAGCUUCAAAACUGUGUAUGUAACUCCGGAUACAGUGGGCCUGCCGGCGGACCAUGUCAAGACAUCGAUGAAUGUGGACAGGAUAAUGGUGGUUGCGAGCAAACGUGUGAAAAUAAGCCCGGAAGUUUCAAAUGCGCAUGCACAUUACCUGGAUAUGAAAUCAAUGGAACUCGUCCUUCGUCUUGUACAGUUGCCAAAGAGUGCUCAGAGCUCACCCCUCCAGCAAAUGGCGGUCUGGUAUGUCACCAUGACAGAGUGACAAAUACCAAACGAUGUGAAGUUAAAUGUAACCCAGGAUUUGAGCACAUAGACAGAACCAAUGCCUUUGAGGAAUGCGGAUCUUCAACUAACUGGUUAUGGAGUCACGAAGCAAACGAGGAAGAAAUUCCCCCCUGUGUUGAACAAUUCUUUCCCGGAGUAGAAAUCGAAGCAGAAGUAGCUUAUUUUGUUAGUUCAUGCGGUGGACUUACUGACAGUCAAAAAGCCCAAGCAAAAAACCAAAUGAUUCAGUUGCUGCAGUCUAAGGGCAUAUGCUCAUUAAAUGGGCAGAGCGUUUGCAAUAUAACUGACGUGAAAAUCUCUUGCGAUUCUUCUUCGAGGCGAAAAAGAGAUACCAACCCCGCUAAACUGACUUUCAAAAUCACACUCGAAAAAGAUAAGGUACCAAAGCGCUCCGUGAACUGUGACGCCAUAUGCACUAACAAGGGUCAGGCUGCAGACUCCGAAAACUGCAAUGCCAUUUGUCUUCAAGAAGUAGAACACCAAGGAGUUGUCGUGUUACAACAGACAAGAUCGCAACUUGAGACUCUUUUCAACGUGGGUUCGACCAAGGAGUCAUCUUCCGAAACUUCGUUUCGGACCAUGGGUUCGCAGGGGCCAAUUAUGGCUUUAUUUAUCGAUGGUUUACAGAUGGUCCCAGCAGGCGGUGUGGCGGUUACCAAGCAACCAGCAAUCAAAUGUGGGGAUGGUAUGACGUUGUCACAGGGAAUGUGCGUGCACAGACCCUAAUAGUUAUAAUUGAGGAUGUGAAAGCAACCAGAUGAUCAACAUAGAAAACAGUGUCGACUGUUUAACACUUUCUGCAUAUUUUGAUGGUGGGAUCAUUCGAAGAGCUUGGACAACGAUGACAUUAACUAGGUUCUUGGACACAGUUGAUUAGUUUAACUGAUUGAGCCUUUUGGGUUUGUGAAUAAUAGGUGCUAAUCCAUUUCUAGAGGUUAAUGAGUUACAAUUUAUGGUGCCUGUUCUUGCUGCGUACCUUAAACUGUUAACUUAACUUUACUUUUUCGUAGAUUUAAGUUUAUUACUAAUAGAUGAUCCUUAACAACAUUUUAUGUAGCAAAUAAAGAUACUAUUUUAUUUUGCUUUUGCCAACUUUUGUGGGUUCUGUUCAGUCAGCCCCGAUGUUUGCUAGCCAUAAUGGGUAGCUUGGUACUUGCAGAGGCGAAGCAUUUCUUUCGAGUUUGCUUAUGAAAGCAAGGAAACAUAAGCAACCGGCAUUAUGCUCUUCAAGAUUCUCGUUAAGUAAAAUAUGGCUGCAAGAAUUUCUUGUUUCUUGUCUUAGUUUAUGUACCCAUCCGGUUGGCCGAUAAUAAUAUCACUUUUAAUGACAUUUCUUUAGAAGUAUGGAAAUACAUGAUCACAUAUUGA